CUCAGAGAAGGGGGUAGAAAAAGCGGCUCCCGUCCCGUCGUUCAUUUUUUAGAGCCAGCUCUCACAGUUGGUUCAUUUACGCACACACGUCACAUCACGGAAGGCGCGCGUUACGUAGGCAGAUCAGGAAACAUGUCAAGACAGCUGGGAGACAGCCAUCGGAGGUUUCUACAGAACAUGAUGACCCUUGGCAUCACUAAUGAACAGGAAGCAAAGGCACUUUAUCAGAACUGCUGUGAAACACACAAGGCCCAGUGUGCUCCUGACAAACUGGAUGAGUUCAUUGACGCCAUAAACUCCAGGCUGCAGCCCAUGUUCAUGCAGAUUAGAAAAGGCAUGUCCGAGGAAAAUGGUCACCAAUACUAUGCCUUGGUCAACAUGGCGGAAACUGAUAUCACCAGGAUGACGUCAGAUUACGCUGACAAUGAACUGGAGCUGUUCAGGAAAGCGAUGGACCUAAUUGUUAGCUCUGAGAAUGGGAAGGUCUCCUCCACUGACAUUCUGAACUGCACGGACACAAUGACCUCUAAAAGUCUGAAAAAGAGUGAAACGCAGCACCUUCUGACUCGACUUGUGCAGGAAAAGUGGCUUUGUGAGAGACGUGGGGAGUACACUCUGUCCACUCGAUGCAUCAUUGAGAUGGAGCCAUAUAUUCGUGCAAUGUAUCAAGACCAGGUCAAAGUGUGCCACAUCUGUCACAACAUCGCCUUUCAGUGCCAAAUCUGUGAGAAUCCCCUCUGUGGAAUAAAAAUACAUAACCCGUGUGUGGCCAGAUACUUCAAAGGAAGAACGGAUCCACACUGUCCAGCUUGUGACGACUUCUGGCCACAUGAAAUCCCUGAAGUAAGAGGACUCCGUUCUCAGUCCAAGAGAUGAGGACUUCAACUUUGCUUUGUUAGUUUGCUAAAUUUUUUAAAUAUUUUUCACAAAAAUUUUGUUUAAUCUCUAUUUCCUUUAGGUUUUUAUACAAAUAAACUAGCGUAGAUUGUAAUUCAUGAGUGUGUCUUUGAUGUUUACACACGUAAAGAGCAAUAAUAAACAGGAUCUCUAACCCGC